CAUCCCAAGCAGCCACAGACCGGAGAGGAACCUCAGAAAGAGGACGUGUGUGUAAAAGAUAAAGUCAUGGAGUUCAGAAUGAACUCUGUCUAUGGAAGUGGAACGCUCCUCCUGCUGAUCCUUGUGGGAACAGAGAUACAGUCUACUGCUGUACAGAACCGCUGUGACAGGAAAACACAAGUGAUGACAAAGUCAGCGUGCCAUUUGUGCUCCGUAAGUCAAUUAAUGAACUGUCCAGCAGGCUAUAGCAAGAAGACAUCCGGCAAGGGGCAGCAGGACUGCAGGUAUCAUAUAAAAACCUCAUCCACAUUUGCUCUCUCCCUCCGUGGCUGCUCACAUGAAUGUUUCAAAGAUGUGAUGGAAGAACGGUGCUGUUUAGGGUACUGGGGCUACGACUGUCUCGAGUGUCCAGGGUCAGCAGCUACUCCAUGCAGUAAUAACGGGGUUUGCUCUGAUGGCAUCGGGGGCUCCGGGAAUUGCACUUGUAAAGCAGGAUUUGUGGGAACAGCGUGUGAGAAAUGUGAAGAGAACCGAUACGGACCCACAUGCAGCAAUGUUUGCACCUGUAAGCACGGCCUCUGUAACAGCGGACUGAGAGGGAAUGGACAGUGCACCUGUUUUUCAGGAUACACAGGGCCAGACUGUGACCAGGAGCUCCCGGGUUGUGCUGCUCUGAAAUGUGGUCCUGAUGCACGCUGUUUUGAAGACACCACUUCUGGAAAACUGGUGUGCAAAUGCCAACCUGGUUACUUUGGUGAUGGAGUUCAGUGUACCUCGAUUAAUCCAUGUCAGAAGCGUGUGUGUCACGAGCAUGCGGUGUGUGUGCACACUGGGCCGAACCAACACACAUGCACAUGUACAGAAGGCUAUCAGGGAGACGGGCUGGUGUGUCUGCCCAUUGAUCCCUGCCAAACUGACUACGGCGGCUGCCAAAGCAACUCCUCGCGAUGUGUGUAUGAUGGACCUGGGAAGGCUCACUGUGAAUGUCUAGAAGGGUUUGAGAAGUUAGUCAUGGGCGUGGGCUGCAGUCUGAGAGAUGUGUGUAAACCAGACUCCUGCCAUAAGAAUGCUUACUGCACCACAGUGGCACCAGAAACAGUGGAGUGUAAAUGUCAAGAUGGUUUCCUUGGCAAUGGGAAAGUCUGCUUUGGCAACAUAAUCCAUCGUCUGCAAGAACUAAACACUGACCCUACGAGCCGCUCAUACGGUCAGCUCUCUAGUGCCAUCAGCCUGUUUGAGGGUGCAUUGUCCUGGCCUCUGACCUCACUUGGACCAUUCACUGUGUUCGUGCCAAAGAACAGGGCUUUCAAAUCAACACAACCUGUGAAAACUCUGCUGGCAGAUCAGGCGAAGGCUCGCUAUCUCGUAAAGAUGCACAUGAUCCCUGGAGAAGUGAACUCUGAUACACUGAAGAACGGAAUCCUCUAUUACACUCUGACUGGGAAACCAGCUGAGUCAAUAAGUGAGUCAGGGCAGGUGAAGGUCCGCAUCCAUGGCAGUCGUAAAAAAGCCGCGCUGUUGGAGUCGGAUAUUAUCUCUUCAAAUGGGAUGAUCCACAUAACUGACAAACUCCUGGACACAGUCCCUUCUACUGUAAUAAGCGACAGUCAGGAAAACCUGAUGAAAAUUCUGCAAGACAACGGCAAGUUCUCCAUAUUUAAGUCUUUAAUCGAGAAAACCAACAUGGUGGACAUUUUGGAUAAGGAGGGUCCCUAUACGCUGUUUGCUCCCACAAAUACGGCAUUUACUUUAAUGAAGGACAACGAGCUAAACUACCUUAAAUCUGAGGAGGGUAAACCAAAACUACUGGAAUUUCUGCGAAACCAUGUUGUAGCCUCAGCCCAGCUGAAAGCCAGUUACAUCGUAUCCAUCUCACAAACCGUAUCCAUGGCUAAUCAAGUCCUGACAAUUAAUGUGACAGCUGCGGGUCAAAUCCUGGUCAGUGGGGUAGCAGUAGCUGAGGCAGAUGUUGAGGCAAAGAACGGAUGUCUGUAUUCACUGGUAGAUGUUUUAAUCCCACCAUCCAUAGAGCCCAUUCUUCCUCAUCGAUGUGACUUGACGGAAAGUAACGUUUAUAAGAGUCCAUGUGUCAGCUGUACGUCAGUCUCCAGGGCUACCUGCCCAACCGGCGUCUCACUGAACACAACUUCCACAGGCUGUGUGUACAUGAAGAGAACUUUCGGCAUGGACGCUCCUGUUCUAGGCUGCAGUCUGUUCUGCAACGAGACCCGUACUACCCCUCAGUGCUGUAAAGGCUUCUAUGGUCCAGACUGUUCUCCGUGUCCUAGCGGUUUCAGUGCCCCAUGCUCAUCUCAUGGCAAGUGUUUGGAUGGUAUAGAAGGCAACGGCACGUGUCAGUGUGAGCCCAACUUCAAAGGGUGGCGAUGCCAGUAUUGCGCCGACCCCAACAAAUACGGCCCUUUCUGCAACCAGACCUGUCGGUGUGUACGUGGUGUUUGUGACAAUCGGCCUGAAGCAAACGGAGCGUGUAAACCACACUCCUGUCAGCAAGGCAUCACGGGAGAGCUGUGUGAUAAACAUGCACUUCCCUGUGGGCCGAGCCAAACAUGCCAUAUCCACGCCAACUGCAUCCUGGAACGAGAAGGGGAGGAACACUGUGUCUGUAAGCCUGGUUACAUGGGCGAUGGAUUGCAGUGUGUGCAUGAAGACCCGUGUACAUGGAGUCCGAAUGGGGGCUGCAGUUACAAUGCGAGAUGUGUACAGCUGGGAUUGGGAAGACACAAGUGUGAGUGUCUGAGUGGGUGGAAAGAGGAUGGAGAUGAGUGUCAGCCUGUUAAUAACUGUUUGGAGCCGUCCAGAGGAGGGUGUCACCCUAACGCCUCCUGUGUCUAUGUGGGUCCUGGGCAGAAUGAAUGUGUUUGCACGAGAAAUUUCCGUGGCACUGGGAGAGAUUGUGAGCCUGUAAAUCAGUGUGUAAACCUGAUGGGAGGAUGCCAUCAAUUGGCCAGUUGUGUGAUGAUGUAUCCUGGAAGGUUUGAGUGUGUGUGUCAAACCGGCUACACAGGAGAUGGAAGAAUUUGCUAUGGAUCUCUGGCACAGGAACUGCAAAGCAAUCUUGACCUGAGUGGAUUCAAUACAUGGGUCACUAGAGCAGAUCUCAUGCAGAUGAUGUUUGAGAAGCAGAACAUCACUCUUUUCGUGCCCUCAUUAGCAGCCAUCAACGCCAUGAGCAAAGAAGAUCAGGAUUUCUGGCUGUCCAGCAGCAACGUUCAAAGUCUGGUCAUGGGCCAUGUGGUGUCUGGGCUUUAUAGAUUAUCAGACCUGCGUACCUACCCCUUUCCACAACUGGUUUCUGUUUUAAGAGGAACACUUCCUGUUUCCUGGACCAAUGAGACCACAAUGGUUGCCAGGUCUACUAUUACAUCAGGAGACAUAGUCGCCAAGAAUGGACUCAUUCAUCUGAUUGAUAAAGUCCUAAUCUCUGAACGUAAACUGAGUACUGGUUUACUCGGGGUGCUGGACAAGACACCACAGUUCUCUCUCUUCAAGAAUGCUCUUAUGACAUACAACCUGAGUACAGAGAUAGAGGAGGCCUCUGGCUUUACAGUUUUUGCCCCUACAGACAGCGCCAUCAGAGAAUACCUGAAGAGUACAGGCCAGGAUUCACUGGAUGUGAAUGUGACGCAGUACCACAUCGUCCUGGAUGAGACUCUGUUGCAGGGCGACUUGCAGGACGGUCUGUAUAAAGACACUAUGCUGGGAUUCUCCUAUCAGCUGGGUAUAUUCCGCAAUGACAGCAAUUGGUUUGUAAACAAGGCACAGAUGAAUGCUACAGAUAUUGAGACUGAUAAAGGAGUGAUCCAUGGAUUGUCCGCUGUCCUGAAGAUUCCUAAAAACCGCUGUGACACAGCCUCCAGCAGAUAUUUUUGGGGAAGGUGUAUGGACUGCUUCCGUCCACCCGAGAGUCGCUGUCCAACUGGAACAAAGCAACUGAAGUUGUCACCAAGGAGAUGUUUGUUCAGUAUAAGGAAAUAUGGGCGGUUCGUCGGCUGCUCGGCCUCCUGUGAAAAACGCACCAUUGUAAGGAAGUGCUGUGAGGGAUUUUAUGGCACUUACUGUGAGACUUGUCCAGGGCCUGAAGGCCAGCCAUGUUUUGGUAAUGGUGUGUGUAUGGAUGGUAUCAACGGCACUGGUGUGUGUCAAUGCAACCCUGGCUUUAAUGGCACAGCCUGCGAGAACUGCCAACCUGGCAAAUAUGGCAUCCACUGUGAUCAAGACUGUAAGUGUGUAAAUGGUCGUUGUAAUGAUGGUCUGGAGGGAGACGGUAACUGUCAGUGUGAUGUGGGAUGGAGAGGAAUCUACUGCUCCAUAGCCAUUACCUCAGACAUGUGCGGAGGGAAGUGCCACACCAGUGCAAAUUGCCUGCUUAAAAUACCGGAUAAUUCCUAUUACUGUAGCUGUGCAGCUGGUUAUGAGGGGAACGGUACACGCUGCACAGUUGUGGAUGCUUGUGCAAAGAAUAAUGGAGGCUGCUCUCCCAAUGCUGUAUGUAAGAGGACUCUCCCAGGACGCAGGCAAUGUGUGUGUAAUCCCGGCCAUGCAGGGGAUGGACAAGUGUGUGUGUCAAUCAAUCCAUGUCUGGAUGCCAGUGGAGGCUGUGGUAAUAAUUCAGAGUGCAUACACACAGGACCAAACAAGUCAGCAUGUGUGUGCCUGCCAGGCCACUCUGGAAAUGGAAAGACAUGUUCUCCUAUCAAUAUGUGUAGAAAGAAAAAUGGAGGAUGCCACCAAUUUGCCAAAUGUACGAUGACAGGCCCGGGAGAGAGGAACUGUACUUGCCCAAUAGAUUACAUUGGAGAUGGGAUAAACUGCAAAGCCAGACUCAUACAGGAGCUUCGAGCGAGAGGUCUGACUGACUUCUACUUCAGUUUGCAAAGAGCUGAUGUCUAUUAUCUUCAAAGCCGAGGCCCAUACACUGUGUUUGCUCCUAAUAAUAAUGCAUUUCACAAACUGGAGAAUCAACAGAUGCUAAAUAACGUGAAAAAUGCUGCGAUCCUGAUGUACCACAUAGUGCCAUGCCGGAGCCUUCUCCCAGAAGAUCUGCAGCAACCUCGUAACCUCACCACACUCACUGGUGAAAUCCUCACCAUUUCGUAUUCUGAGGGUACGAUACAAAUCAAUAACAAUGCCAAAGUGGUGUACAGCGAUCAAGAAAGUAGCAACGGGAUUUUCUACGAAAUUGACACUGUUCUGACUCCACCCAGUUAUCAGAAGAUGGAAGAGAUGGACAAACCAAAUUCUGCCCUCAAAGAUGUAGCUGAUCAACAUGGGUUCAAGACUUUCUACAAACUGCUGGAAGAUACAGAGGUGAUAAAACAAAUACAGGACCGUCUCCACCAGCCGGUCACGUUGUUCCUGCCGACAGACUCCACCAUGGCGGCUUUACCUCAAGCACAAAAGGACUUUCUGUAUGCCCUGCAUAACCGAGCUCAACUGGUGGAGUAUCUCGAGUACCACAUCCUGCGAGACAAAAAGUUGCAUGCUGCAGAGGUGACGCAUUUUGAUUCACUCAAGACUCUUCAAGGCUCUGAUAUUUCUGUGAGCUGUGUUGGAGAAGACCACAUAGGGGCACUGUAUAUCAACGAUAAGAACUGUCGAAUUGUAAAGAGGAAUCUGAAGUUCAACGAAGGCCUUAUUUAUGGUAUUGAUUGUUUGCUAACACCACCCAGCCUGGGAGGACGCUGUGAUAAGAAGGACAUUGUAGACAUUACUAUGCCCUGCAGAUAUUGCUCUCUCACAAUUGUAUCUGAUUGCCCUGCAGUAUCCAAACCAAAGACUACACAGAAGUGUGACUUUCCAAGACGCUUCUUGUCUGUGAACUCUGGAUGCCAGUCUGUGUGCUCCAUGGUUGUAUGGAAACCCAAGUGCUGCCCAGGCUACUAUGGCAGGGACUGUCUCGCCUGUCCUGGAGGGCCUGGAUCUCCGUGCAGUAACCAUGGGCGGUGUGAUGAUGAUCAUUUAGGAAACGGCACCUGCACAUGUGAUACAGGGUUUCAGGGCGUGGCCUGUGAACUGUGCACUGAAGGCCACUUUGGACCUGACUGCAAAGCCUGUAACUGCACAGAGCAUGGAACAUGUAAUGAGGGGCGAGAAGGAACAGGCUCCUGUUUCUGUGACGAGGGCUGGACUGGUCCACAAUGUGAACAUAAAUUAGCUGAUGGUCCUUUGUGUUUACCUGCAUGCCACAAGAAGGCAGUGUGUACCAAGAACAACACCUGUGUGUGUAAGCCGUUCUACGAGGGAGAUGGAAUCACUUGUACAGUAAUGGAUAUGUGCCAGUUCUGGAAUGGCGGCUGCUCAAAAAAUGCCAAAUGCACCCAGAAAGGAGAGAAAGUAAACUGCACAUGUCUGAAAGGCUUUUCAGGAGAUGGAUAUGUCUGUUUGCCGGUGGACCCGUGUGUCGAAGAUGACAAUGGAGGCUGCAAUGAGCAUGCCAUCUGCACCAUGACUGGACCUGGGAAAAGAAAGUGUGAGUGUAAAACUAACUAUGUUGGAGAUGGGCUGGCAUGUGAACUGAAGGUGCUUCCAGUGAACCGUUGUAUGGUGGAUAAUGGCCAAUGUCAUACAGACGCACAGUGCACUGACCUGCACUAUGAGGAUAAGACUGUUGGUGUCUUCCACUACCGUUCUCCGCUGGGGGUAUACAAGCUGAACUACACAGAGGCUCAAGAGGCCUGUAAGCAGGCAGGAGGCACCAUUGCUACCUAUACACAGCUCUCAUAUGCACAGCAGGCUGGAUAUACCAUGUGUUCAGCCGGGUGGCUUGCACAGAACCGGGUAGCUUAUCCCAUGAGCUACUCCAACCCUAAAUGUGGAUUUGGCCAUGUGGGCAUAGUGGACUAUGGCACUCAGACAGAUCUAAGUAAGACCUGGGACACAUUCUGUUACCGGAUAAAAGAUGUAAAGUGUGAGUGUAAGAUUGGCUACAUUGGUGAUGGAUACUCUUGCAUUGGCAACAUCCUGCAGGUUCUCACAACCAAGCCCAACUUUUCCAACUUUCUUUCACAAAUCUUGAAUUAUUCCAGAGCUGGAGUAAAAGGGCAAGAGUUUAUGAAGCGCCUCAGCAAUAUAACCACACAGUCCACCCUAUUUGUGCCUGAUAACAAUGGCCUCUAUGAGAACCAGACACUAUCCUACAGAGAUUUAGAGCACCACCUGCUGGAUGGGAGAGCUCUAGUGCUGCAGGCUCUCAUUAACAUCAGUCAUGUUAAAUCACAUCUAGGACACACCCUGAAUGUGAAACGGGUUCCUAGUCUCCAAAACCCCCAAACAGAGGCUUCUUCCGGAUAUGUCAAUGACCGUUACAUCAUCGAAUCGGACAUUCUUGCAUCCAAUGGGAUCAUCCAUGUGCUGCAGGGACCACUGAAAGCCCCGCCUCCUCCACCCUCGUCCCUUCCUCAGGCACAUACAGCAGGAAUGGGGAUCGGUGUCAUAUUGCUAGUAAUUCUUAUUGUCUCUGCAGCAUUCGUGGCCUAUCACUUCUACAACCGCCAAACCAAGCCAUUCCAGUUCCACUACUUUAGGGAGGAUGAGAAGGAAGAUUCAAGCUCACCUGAGUCUACACCAUAUAUCAGUAACCCCAUGUAUGAGACUACAGCUGCCCCUAGUGCCCCAGACCUCCCUGUGGAAGAUAAGGAUGACAAGCACCAGGUAGUUGAUGGAGGCUCGUAUGACCUGCUCCAGGAUAGCUGAAAAGACUGCAGAUGCUCUUUAAAGCUCAGGAUCUGUUCUGCCAGUGAGCGUUGGACACUCAGAAUCUGCUGUACAUUUGGAGACUGUGGAAUGGCAGCAGCAUGGUGAAUAAUAGUGAUUUAAUGAACUGAAAAUUGUCUGAUGAUCCGGUAUGUGUGUGUGUGUGUGUGUGUGUGUGUGUGAAUACGGUUGCGAUGGUCUUUUAGUCUAGUUUUUUCUGUGUUACUACCUAGGAACAAAUAAUGAAAACAUAUGUGUCAGUUAUGAUUCACAAACAGUGAUCUUUUUUUACACAAAACACUCCUAACUGUAACGCAGAGUUUUAUGUGAAUAAAAAAAAAAAAAAAAAUCAU